CGGGGUGCGCGCGGGCUGUCCAAUCACGUGACGGGGCUGCGGGGCCGCCGAGCUUUCCGGCGUAGGAGGUUCUACUCGCGGUUCUCUUCCCGUUCCUGCUUUCUUUCUUUCCGAUGAUGGCGACUUACGUGAGCGAGCUGGAGGCGGCCAAGAAGAGCCUGAGCGAGGCGCUGGGCGAGAACGUGAAGCAGUACUGGGCCAACCUGAAGCUUUGGUUCAAGCAGAAGAUCAGCAAGGAGGAGUUUGACCUGGAAGCACGGAGGCUUCUCACGCAAGACAACGUCCACUCUCACAACGAUUUCCUUCUGGCUAUUCUCACCCGAUGCCAGAUCCUGGUUUCUGCACCAGAAGGUGCUGGAUCUCUGUCAUGGCCUGGCGGCUCUGCAACUAAACCUGGAAAACCCAAAGGAAAGAAAAAGAUUUCUUCAGUUCGACAGAAGUUUGAUCACCGGUUCCAGCCUCAGAAUCCACUGUCUGGAGCCCAGCAGUUUGUGGCAAAGGAUCCUCAGGAGGAUGAUGAUCUGAAGCUGUGUUCUCAUACCAUGAUGCUUCCUACACGUGGCCAGUUAGAGGGAAGGAUGAUUGUAACCGCGUAUGAGCACGGGCUGGACAAUGUCACGGAAGAGGCAGUGACUGCAGUUGUUUAUGCUGUGGAGAACCACCUUAAGGAUAUUCUGACAUCUGUGAUAUCCAGGCGGAAAGCCUAUCGCCUUAGAGAUGGCCAUUUCAAAUAUGCCUUUGGGAGCAAUGUUAACCCUCAGCCGUAUCUGAAGAACAGUGUUGUUGCUUACAACAAUCUAAUUGAGUGCCCUCCAACCUGUGCAACACCUUCUGCUGGUCAGGGUCUGGCUCCCCAGCCACCGCCUGAUGAUGCCGAGCAGCAGGCGGCUCUGCUCCUCGCGUGUUCUGGAGACACCUUACCAGCAUCCCUUCCGCCAGUGAACAUGUAUGACCUUUUUGAGGCAUUACAGGUGCACAAAGAAGUUAUUCCUGCGCACACUGUCUAUGCUCUAAAUAUCGAGAGAACAGUCAUGAAACUCUGGCAUCCUAACCACGAGGAGCUACAGCAGGAUGAAAUCCAUCGCCAGCGCCUGGCGGCAAAAGAGGGGAUUCUGCUCUGCUAGAGUGAGGCAACCAUGUCAGGCCUCAGAUGGACACAGUGCUGUUCCUUGGACUUGACAUUCAGGUGCUUCUUACAAACCUGUGUCAGCGUUGCAAGGAUGAUGUAAGUUAUGAGUCAGCUUUUCCUAUGGAAAUAUGACCAACUUAUGGUACACUUUCUCUGUUUCCCUGGAGCCAAGUGCCAUGGAGUGCUUGCAGCAAUGGCACUGAAUUGGAAAGGAGAAACAAGAGGUUCGUUUACAGACUGUUUUUUAAGAAAAGUAAAUGUGAGGGUGGAAAGAGUUGGUUUUGUAUAAAGCUUAUUUGUGGAUUUUUGCGAGGACAGGGAAUCUGCCACCUUGCCCCUCCGUUCUUGGGUAUUUUCCCUUCUGAACUCUGUCUCCAGGGCCUUCUGUUGCAGUUGGUGGGAUCCUUUUCCAUUAAUUUAACUGGAAACAGGGUGGGCUCUUGUGGAGAUUAGCAAUUUUGUAAGCUGAUGUCAUGUUUCAUCUUCUACCAGGGCCUUUUCCCUUCUACCAGGGAUUUAGAAUCACUAAGAAAACAAGGUAAAAAAGGGAAAGGUCAUGUCUAGCCCAUCUUUUGAAAUGUUUUGCAUGACAAAACAUAGAAAGGUUUGGGCUGGAAGGGACCUUAAAGCUCAUCCAGUUCUAUACCCCUGCCAUGGGCAGGGACGCCUCCCACUGAAUCAGGUUGCUCAAAGCCCCAUCAAACCUGGACUUGAACACCUUCAGGGAUAGGGCAACCACCACUUCUCUGGGCAACCUGGGCCAGUGUCUCCACACCCUCACGGGGAAACAUUUCUACCUAAGAUUUCAUCUUAAUCUCUCCUCUUUCAGCUAAAAACUGUUCCCCCUUGUCCUGUCUCUGCGCUUCCUGAUCAAGAGCCCCUCCCCAGCUUUCCUGUAGCCCCUUUCAGUCCUGGAAGGCUGCUAUAAGGUCAGCCUGGAGAAGAGAAGGCUCUGGGAGGAGCAUCCCCAACUCUCUCAGCCUGUCUUUGGGUGGGAGGUGUUUGCUGUCACAGGAAUCUCCUGCCAGUUACCAAAAUAUGCAAUAAAAUCAGGGUUGUGAGUAAUGUUUUGUCAGCCUAAUUCUUCACUCAUCCCCGUCUUGUAGUAGGUGUGAUCAAGAGGAAUUGUAGGAAUCAUUGGACCUAUGACAAGAAGUGACCUCUCUGCCUGUCAGUACAGCUAAGGACUUAGCUGUCCCAGCAGGCAGCUCAACUGUCUCUGUGGUGGGACAGCAGCUCCUGAAUAUACUCACCAAUCCACUGUCUUAGUGUUGCAGACUCCUUGGAUUUGCAGUAUGAGCAAGAUGUCUUGUGUUAUUUCAUCACAGAACUAUGCCACCACACCUCUCCAUGUGAGGAUCCCUGUGAAAUCGCUGUGUGUAAAAGGGGAAAUCCCACCUGCUGCCUUUCAGGUACUCUGUUGCCUUCCUGAAUCAGCUGUGGGCUCCUCGUAUGCUGAAGGAAACACGCUUAUUAUAACAUGAGAAUCCUCUUUACUUCAUUACCUGUUUUUAGUCACACUCAUGCAGGUACUUGCUAAAGGAUGACGUGGCUUAUUGUGCCUCCAGGUAGUGGAAUUGAAGUGGCUUCCUCUGGGCAAAUAUGAAAGGGAAGCUCAUGGUUCCCCUCCAUUCUAGUUUUCCUCUGUUUGGGAAGUAUUUGGAUAGGACAGCUGUCAUCUUCCCCCCUCUCUGCUGCACCCCAGAGUGCAGUUCCCUGAUGUUUCCUCACAGUUUUGUAUUUUAUAACUCCCCUUCCUAAUCCCUAUGACUGUUUGUGUUGGGCCACAGUCAUAGCAAGGGGCUGUGCAGCUGCCGCUGUUUUCUUGGCUUCCUCGUGGGAUGUGCUGUGAAGUCGGGCAAGAGAGACGGUGCUCAUGCAGUUACUGGUGGCUCUCAUCAUGAGGCCAUUUUAGGAUUAUGAAGAAGCUGGAAAAGACAUCAAGGCCUGGCAGGAUGAGAGCAUUUGUAUGCUUGAUAGGUCACGUCUCUUAAGGUACAGUGGUAAGAGGGGGAGUGGGAGAGAGGAGAUAUAAGAUUGAAAGAUUUCUUUUGGUCCCUUUAAACUGCCGUGUUUCUAUAUUUAAGCAGAAUAGCUGCUCAGAGUGAGUCUUAGUUUAAAAGUUGAUCCCAGUGGCUUUUACAUGACAGUUUUUAAAAGUAACAUUGAACCUGAGUAACUGCGAGGUGAGAUCAUCAAGUCACCCAAAGUAUGGGCUCUGGGGUGUAGGAGGGGGAUUUCCCACAUAAUUGUUAUGCUUCUGGUGUAAAAUGAAAGCAUUGAGUUUGUUUGCUAGAAACUUUGGGGCAGCUCUGAGGAUUUCAGAUCUGAAGAAAGCACACAGCCUCCGGCAGUAUCACAAGUGAGUUCUGAAACAAAAUACUAAGCAUGGAACAAGAAGUGCCUCUCUUCUGUUUGCAUGUGCUGGUGGAAGGCUCUGCAGGUGGAACUGAAUGAUCUGAAGAGCGGAGUCCACACUGAAAAUCAAAGUGGGUUAUUCAGGACAUCUGCUAGACAACAAAGGCUUGAAUAUGGAAAUGCUGUCAGCCCUGUUUCACAGACGGGAAGAAGAAAAGGCAUGGUUUCUCAAUGCACUUUCCCACAAAGUGUGAGGUUUCAUGAAGUGGUGCUUCGUAGACUUCUGGGGUAAUUUAGCUGGAAGGGACGUCUGGAAGAUGCUUUGUCCACCCUCCUGCUGAAAGAAGGGCUAAGUUCAAAGUUAUAGCAGGUUGCCAUUCUUUAGAGAUGGGACCAGAGAUGUGGCACUUCCUUUUCCAGUGUGUGACCAUGCUGACCGAAGGUUUUCCUUGCAUCUCUUCAGAAUUUCUCAUGUUCCUCUGCCUGUUGCCUUUCAGCUUUUCCUGCAUGUGUCUCUAUCAGAGAGUAGCAGACAGCACUAAGAUCUCUUUUGCCUUCCCUCCAGGCUGAACAAACCUGGUGCCCUCAGCUUCUCCUUAUAUGUUGUGUGCACCAUCCCAAAACAUCUUGACAGCCUGCACUAACUUGCUCUAUUGUGUCACUGUCCUUGUGCUGAGGAUCCCAGACUGGACCCGGCCCUGCAGGUGGGCAGAGGUGCAGGAUCUCUCCCCUGCCCUGCUGCCUGCGCUCCUGCUAGCAGCUGGCCUUGCUGCACGAGUGCACUGCUGGCUCCUGGGCUGGUUGUCCACUCACACUUCCAGGUCUUUUCCCUCAAAGCUGCUUUCUUACCGGUUGUGUCCAGCCUGUUCUGCUGCAGGACAGAAAGCUCCAACCCAGUGGCAGGGCUGUACAUUGGCCACUGAACUCGAGGUUCCUCUCAGCCAAUUUCUCCAGCCUGUCUAGGUGCCUCUGAUUAGCAGCAUUGCCCUACAAUCCUGUCAUCCAAGUCAGUAAAAAAGAAAUUAAAGCACAAGAAGCCCCAGUAUUGACUCCUGAAUGUUAGUUUCCAUAUUAAGUGCUGCUAGGAAUCAGCAGGCAGCCGGACUCUUGAAUCACUGACCACUGCUCUUAGAGACCCUCUCUGAGAGGCAGGGUGGUGGUGCUGGUAUGUAUCG